AGAACGAAAAGAAAACAGGCAAACCAAAUUGUGCAUUGAAUUAGCUAGUAAUACUAUUACUUUGUUAGAAUUAAAAAAAAAGAAAAAAAAAAAAGAAAGAAAAAAUACAGAUCAGAAUCAUCAUCGUCGUCAGCACCAUCAAAUUUUUGGCAACCCUUUCAUGGGACCCACGACCUGAUAUGAUAUUUUGCCACCUCUGUUAUGAGGUCAUCGCCAGCUGUCAUCUUCUAUUCUUUUACUAUUUUGCCCUUGCGAUUCCCUUGUUAUUUACAUUAUCCACUCUGGCUUUCAGUCAUAUCAAUCAUAACCAACCUACCUCCCUAUUUGUUAUUGGUCGGUUAUGCCCUUCCCUUACAGUUCGCAUCUAAGAAAUAUUUAGCUAAAUUUGGAAGGGUAGUGAAGGUCAUUUGGAUGUGGAGGUUGGCUGAUGCGGAUGACUAAGUGGGUAUUAUCUGUAAUUAAAGAGGAAUAAUAAGGGUAGUUACGUGAGAAGAAUGUCUAUAUGUUUGAUGGCACGGUCGUAAGGAGUUUAUGUGGCUUAAUUUGGAGGUACAGUUGUCCAGCUACAGUUACGUUUUGAGGUCUAGUUUCGUAGCAAGCUAAGCUUCGUUGGAGACGAAGACAACAAGAGCUGAAAUCUAAAAUUAAAAAAAGAAAAAGAGAGAGAUGGGUUAUUGGAAAUCUAAGGUGCUUCCCAAGAUCAAGAAGGUUUUUGAGAAGAACGGUAGUGCAAAAAAGGCUGCUGCUGCUGAAGCCAUCAAGUCUUUCGAUGAAUCUAAGGAGGAAAUCAAUAAGCAGUUUGAAGAAAACAAGACCGAUCUCCAACCUAAAGUAGUUGAAAUCUAUGAAGCUUCAUCUGUUGAAAUCAAGACUUUGGUGAAAGAACCCAAGGAAGCAGGAUUAAAGAAGCACUCGGCUGCAGUUCACAAGUUCCUUGAAGAACUCGUUAAGAUUGAAUUUCCAGGAUCAAAACCAGUGACAGAAGCAUCCUCAAAGUAUGGCCCAGCACUGGUCCCAGGACCAGUUUUCUUCGUAUUUGAGAAGGUGUCUACUUUUAUUGUGACAGAGGAGAAAGUAGAAGAAGCUCCAACAGCAGAAACAACCACUACAACAACAACAACUGCAGAAGAAACAGAAAGCAAAGAUAGGGAGAUAGUAAUUGAAGAAGAGAAAAAGAAAGAAGAGAUUACUACUACUGCUACCUCAGAAAAGAAAGAAGAGGAAGUGAUCAAGGUGGUCGAAGCUGAGAAAACUAAAGAAGAAGCACCUGUAACUACUACAGCUGAGCCUUCUAAGGUGGAAGAAAAAAAAGUGGAAGAAGUUGCAGCAGAACCACCAAAGCCUUGAAAGAAGAGAAUUGUUUGUGCAAAAGUUUUAUGGAAAACAGAAAAGAAAAGAAAAGAAAAGAAAAGAAAAAGAAAAAAAAAAGAAAAAGAAGUGAUUUGUUUGUUUCUUUAAACAUAUUUGUUCAUUAAUUACUUUGUGAUCACUCGUUCUAUGGAUUAAUUUGUUUCAUAUUUGAUUUUUAAAAAAUCUUUGAAUUUGAUAUAAUUAAUAAUUAUGUCUCUUAAAUUUUUGUGAAUCAAA